AUGGCAAAGGGAUUUGAAAAAGUCAACGCAUGCUCUGUGGGCAACUUCGAGGAAAACACAAUACGGAUACCGAAGUGGAUCGCUAACAAUGGCGGGCAAUAUUCCAAACAAGUUACCGAAGAGACGACCCAUUUAAUCGUCACAGAGGAGGCAUUUUCGAAGAACGUAGCAGCGGUGAGCAAGGCGAAAGAGCUGGGGACUGUGUGGAUUGUCUCAUAUGACUGGUUGUCGGACUCCCUUCUCAUGAACAAGCGCAGGCCGCUCCCGGCAAAAAACUAUCUACUGGAGGACUCGCGCGCUGAAGAGCCCAAGGUUCAAAAGAAGGGAAGACAGAGCAAAGCUCAAGAGAACAAGGUCACGAAGAACAGAGUCUUCAAGCGCAAGGCAACGGAAAACAAAGCUGCAAAGGGCAAGGCCAAGCCCAACAAGGCCUUGGAGGAAGAGACUGUGCGAAUCCAAUCUGAGAAAGAGAAGGCUGAUCAGGAAAGGGCUGAGCAGGAAAAGAUCGAGCAGGAAAAGGUGGAGCUGGAGCAGGAAAAGGUCGAGAAGGACAAGGCCGAGCGCGACAAAGCACAAAGAGGUCAGGGAAGGGAACAUCAACCAGUCGAGAAUUAUAGCACGAGGGAUGGCCCUCAGGGUACGGCCGCAGCUGUGGAGAGGCCCAAGCCCAUCCAGAAAAAGAGAAAGCGCGGUCCAAAGAAGUCGAGGGACCCCUUUGAUACCAAACGUCGCACACCUAAGGCUCAAUCGGUUGGAGAAAACUACAAGGUCUUCAAGGAGGAAGAUAUCACCUACGACGUCAAGCUGGUACGGCCUUCCAAGUCGGCUCGAGGGACUAGAGAGAUACUCCGGCUCAAGAUAUACAAAUCUACUGCAGCGCCAACCACCUACGCAACGCACAUAAGCCUCUCAUGCCUCGGUCCAUCAAAAACGGACCUCCUUGCUCCGUUGGGGAGCAGUCUCGAAACUGCCUUGGCCGCAUUCAAAGGGUUCUUCAAGGAACAAACGGGAACGGAGUGGGAGGACAGGAUGAAGGGGGUAUCACCACCGCCAAAGAAGGACGAGGAGGGAAACACGCUGCCACCAUAUCGAGGGUGGUUUUGGUGGGACAGCGGAACCGAAUCACUGGCGAGUAUGUUCCGGGCUGGGAAAUUAUAG